AUGACGGUCCCGGAACCGCCCUCCGAACCUGAUGAUGAUGAGGAUGCGCCGCUACUCCCAGAUAUCCGACCCCCACAUAUCCGCUCUCCCUCCUCCUCCCUCCCAUUCUACCAAACGCGCUCCCGCCUCAUUAUAACCUUGAUAAUCUUCGCCAUCAUCUUCAUCCUCGCGUUCGGCGGGUAUCUCAUAGGCGUUCCUUCGAUCAGGCUUUAUGAAGAUAUCGUAUGCCAUCAUUAUUAUAAUCGUUUGGAAGGGAAGGAGCAUAGAGGGCUGGGGGAAGAUAUUGAGGAGCGGUUGUGUAAGGCUGAUCUGGUGCAGGAGGAGUUGAACUUUUUGUUGGCGGGGCUGCAUUUUUUGGGGACGGUGCCGUCGCUUUUGACGGCUGUUCCUUAUGGGCUUUUGGCAGAUAGAAUUGGCCGUCGCCCUGUACUUUUUCUUGCUAUUUCGGGACUUUUUCUGGCCAACUUGUGGAGUUUAAUGAUAAUGAGGUUUUGGAGGCAUAUUCCAGUUCGCCUACUAUGGCUAGACCCCAUCUUCACCCUAAUUGGUGGUGGCGAAGCUGUGGGAAGCAUGAUGUUUUAUGCCAUUGGAUCCGAUGUUACCCCCCAAGCAAAGAGAGCCAAUAUCUUCCUGAUGGGAGGGGGAAUGGGUUUAUUCGCUGAAAUUAUUGCGCCUUCAAUAGCAUCUUUCCUGAUGACAAAAUCCCCCUGGAUACCCUUACUUAUUGGGAUCUCGGCAUUCCUGCCAGCAGCUGCUCUUCUGGUAUUCAUUCCAGAGACCUUACAUAUGCGAUCUCGCGAGAGCGAAUCCGCAACCCUUACACCAGAUGCAGUUUCGGAACGGAGCUUUCCAAUCGACGAAGACGACAAACCAGGCUUCUUUGGUUCAAUAAUCUCACAGGCCGUGAACAGUUUGAAAGAAGUCUACGGCUCGCUGAGUGUUCUACACUCACUGCCAAUUUUGCUCCUACUCCUCGUUUUCCUAAUCCAGCCAUUCGGCAGGCAAUCUGCGAGCAUACUCCUCCGCUAUAUCUCCAAUCGUUUCCGUUGGAAACUCAGUCAAGCUGGAUAUCUACUCUCUCUUCGAGCAUUCAUCUGCACCGUGCUCCUCUUUGCCCUUCUACCCUCCAUCUCCCAUUACCUCACCAAGCGUCUCCACUUUUCAUCCAGUCAAAAAGACAUAAUUCUUGCCAGGUUUUCAGUCAUUUUACUUGUCGUUGGGGCGCUGUUGAUUGGUAUGAGUCCAACCAUAGUGGGAACAAUUGUGGGAUUGGUUGUUUUCACCUUAGGUGCUGGGACAGAUGCGCUGGCGAGGUCUCUGGUGACUUCUUUAGUUGGCCAGGAACAUGUCGGACGGCUGUACGCUGCUAUUGGGCUUGUUGAGACUUGUGGCAGCUUAGCUGCGGGUCCGACAUUUGCUGCGCUGUAUACUUUGGGUUUGCGGUUGCAGGGUCCUUGGGUUGGACUUCCAUUCUUAGCUCUCGCCUUGAUUUGUUUUGUUGGUGCGAUUGGGAUAUGGAGUUUUGGGUGUUUGAAGAGAAAGCAUCCAAGAGAUAGAACGCCAAGUGGCGAGGAUGAAGUGGAAGAAAAUACCUUGCUCGUAAUGCCAGACUCGGCCGAAGCAGGUGCUAUAAAUAUUGUUUGAUUUCGAGUUUAGAGUUGGCUUAUACGCGGCGUUUGGUAGGUAUAUACCAAGAUUCUUAGUCACAAUCUCAUACAUUAGAUCUCAGCAACAAAAUACAAGUCUAUUUCUGCCCCGCAGUCAGCGCCUCAAACAUCAACCUCAUCUUCUUCAACCCCUCAUCGCCCCUCUCAACCGCCGCAAAUCCUGUAUCCCACAAGCCCUCCGAAAACAACAUCCUCCUAUCCCUCCGCUCGGUAUCCCUUCUCAACUUCUCCCUCCCAACCCACUGACUGAAUCCCAUCAACAUGGCUCUUGGACCCACCCUCCCUUCCUUUUUGACAAACUUCACGCCCUAUUCAAUACGAUACUCGAAGAAUGGCGCCUAGUGUUUCAAACGAGGAGGUGGAGAUGUUGUAGCAGUGUCCUGCUACAACUUUUUCUCUUGGCUUGACAGAGGACGUAAGCUUCAGCACAAUCUGUCUC